AUGCCGCUGAUAGGUCAACACCCAAUAUCUUGGUCGAAAACAGGUAUUAUUGCAUAUUCCAAUCCCAAUUCGAAAGACAGCAAUCUAUGCAUAACAUUCCUGGAGACUGUUAAUGGUACCAAUUGGCGUUUUCAUCCACCUCAAAAAUACAUUUUACAUCCCCAAUUACAUGAAGAUCAAUUCAGUAUUGACGAGAUAAAGAAGAAUCAAACACCCGCGGCCAACAACACAACGACUAAUAAUAUGCCCUCUAACAAGAACCAUACGACCAAUGGAACCAAUAAUAACACUCCUGGUGUGCAGCAGCAAUCAGGGAAGCAGCCAGCACCGCAGUUUUUCUAUAAUAUUUCAAGUAUCCAUUGGAGCAAUUGGUUCAGUCUAAUAGGUGAUAUGCUUGCAGUUUGCGAUGAAUUAGGUAAUAUGACAAUGUUGAUUGCAGGUCAGGGACCAGAUGGGGCCACUACAUUCGAUAAACUAACAAUGCUUUUCCAAGACAACGUAUAUAAGAUUUACAAUCAUGUGAUGCCCUUGCAUCAAUCCACGCCAAGUAUUGUUUCCCGAUUGGAAAGGAAGCAAACAAAGAAGGAAUAUAACACCACUAUUUUAGAUUUCCAUUGGUUAAGUUCCACCAAGAGUGUUGUUUCUGCACAAUUUUGUGCCCUGGAUAAUGCAUCUAAUACUUAUAGAACAAAAGCUCAACAGAUCCCACCAUAUGGGAUAUUCCAUCCACCAUUUAUGAAAUAUGCUUGUUUAGCUAUACGUAAAAAUGGCCAAAUUGAUUUUUGGUAUCAAUUCUCUAAUUCCAAAGAUCAUAAAAAGAUUACUUUACAAUUGACCAAUUCGGAGAAUUCAAGAACUAAGGAAUUGGACUGGCUACAGUUUGCUAAAUUAACUUCCAUAAAUGAAGAUCAAUCUAUGUUAAUUUCCACAUAUUCUAAAUUGACUCAAAAAGUCAGUUUUUAUAAAUUACAAGUUGGUUGGAAUGUAAACACAGCGAAACCAUCGGUAUUAAAUGACCCAACGUUACAAAUACAUCAGGUUUUGGAAACCACUAUUGAUCAACUGGAUUCUGCUGGUAACGUCCUAGAAUUGAUUAAUUUGCAUGUCGUUUCCAAAUCACCAUUGGAAAAGGAUUCGUCACCAGAAGUCUUGUUAAUAUAUUUGAUUUCAGGGACUAAGAAAACAUUGAUCAAACGAUUUAGAUUGGUACAAACACAAUUAUCGUAUGAUUUUGUUUCCACAUUGAAACCGAAUUGGAAACAGCCACCAGGUGAAAAUGUAACGCAAUUAUUAAAAUCAACUAGAUAUAACCUUCAGCAUCAUACUGAUAUUAAAUUGGAGAAUAAAGCUAUUUAUGUCACUUCAGAAAUGUUAGAUGGGUUUGUCACAUUUUAUUUUGAAGAUGGAUCCAUUGCAUCAUUCAAUCAAAAUGAUUGGAAAUUGGAAACAGAACGUUUAAUCUAUCAACCACAACAGGGGAAAUAUAGUAAUAUCAUUACAUCAACAUUGAGUGCAAAUUUUCAAUACCCUGGAAUUCCAAACGUAAGUACAUUAGAAUGGAUACGAGUGUCCCCAUCUUUAUCUGGUGUCUUAUUUAAACAAAUAGGUAAAGUAACACCAGAUUUUCUCCCCAUUAUUCAAUCAAAUGUUGCUGAUCCAACAAAAGAUGAAGUUAAUGCUACUGCAUUAGCAUUUGGAUUUGUGGUGAGUACACAUAGACAAUUAGCCAACGAAGAUUUUUCCAUUGCCUGUAAGACUCAUAUUUUGAAAAUAUUACAACUGGAUGAAGAUAGAGCGAAGAAAUUCAUCACAACGUUAAUGACCAGAUUAUUUACAUUCUUUAACAUUGUACCAGAUGCACCAAAGGAAAUAUUGGACAAGAUUAUAUCACUUAGAUCCAUGCAAAAAGUUUGGUUGUUACAAUUAGAAUUAGGUAAUUGUUUUGAAAGAAGUAGUAUCGAUGAGAUGGCAAGAUCAAUAUUUUAUUUGAAAAAUGUUUUGUUUGCAUUUAAUGGUGUCUCACGUAAUUUGCAUUUGGCCAUUGAACAAAUGAGUAAUGAUAGUAGUAUUCAACAAAAUUCGGGGAAAUUAUUCCAUAAAGCAUUUUCAAAGCAAGAUUUGAUUUACUCUUUAAUCCCCGCUGUUAAAUGGUUCGUUAAAUUCAUUACCUAUCUGAUUCAAGAAAUGUUAAUUCUAAUAAAUAAUCCUCCUACUAAGCCAAACACUUUAGUCAUUGGGAUAUUAUGUGCCAAGAUUCCAAGGGUAAUGAUUUUAUCUGUUAUGGAUGAAAUCAAAAAGAUUAUACAGAUUAUUAGUAAAUUCCCCGAGAAUUCAUACCCCAUCCUAAAUGAAUCAUCUCAUUUUUUGAAAUUGGUGCUAGAUGAUUCACCAGUCAAUUUUGAGAAAUUUGAAACUUUCCUAGUGGAUGUUAAUAAUAAAUUUACUACAUUUAGUGAACAACAACCUUCUCAGGGAAGAGAACCUUCAUUAUUAGUUAAUGCGGAGAUACCUUUGGAUUCUAUCAAGAUGUAUGAUUUCUUAUUAACGUAUUCAAAUAAUGCAGUUAUUUCGCAUGUGGAUGCAGCUGAAAUUUAUUUUUGUGAUACUAGUGGAUUGAGAAUUUCCAAUAUGGAAAUAUUUCAAGAGAAUGUUUUCCACCUUUUACAACCUUUUGAAAAGGGGUUAAUACUGGAUAUGGAGGAUUCCGCAUUGAAAUCUAGGAAAUUUAGUCGGAUUCUAUAUGAUGGAAUUACAUGUGAUCAAUUGAGUGUAGAAGAAUUAUCAGAUGGUAAAUUGAAAAGGUGUCGUAGAUGUGGUAGUGUUACAAGAGCUGGGUAUGUAGUUGGUAAGAAUAAGACUAUUGUCGCGACGAACACACAGACUAGAAGAUGGCCUACUAUGUAUACAAGGAAUUGUAUAUGUUCAGGUAUGUUAUAUGAACUGGAUCUGAAAUGA